UCGUAAUGUCGUCGAAUACCAAUGUUCCUCCAUGUUUUUGUUUUUGAGUAACUUUAUGUGUGUGAAGAAAUCAGAUUUUUCGUUUGUAUACUAAAACCACUUAAAUUUACAACGAUGGGUUAUGAGUUAGGAUAUUGUUGUUUUGUAGAAUAACUCAUUAUGGCGAUUACUUAGGCAGCCAAUAACGAUUGUGCGAUGUUGUUUUGGUUUAAGACAAAGCAGGGUCACGUUUGUCAUGAUGUGAAAAUGCAUGACCCUGCACAUUAAGGGUUAUACUAAUCACGGAAAUUCCUAGCACGAAAGGCAGGCCUCGGCUUAUCGAGGACCUCCCUCUGAUGGAGUUAUUCGUUGAGACACUAACAGGAACAGCCUUUGAACUUCGUGUUUCGCCUUUCGAGACCAUUAUGUCCGUGAAAGCGAAGAUACAAAGGCUGGAAGGUAUACCCAUCUCCCAUCAGCAUUUAAUAUGGCAGUCUGUAGAGCUGGAAGAUGACUAUUGUCUCCAUGACUACAGCAUCCACAGCGGAGCAACACUCCGAUUAGUGCUGGCGAUGCGCGGGGGCCCUAUCAAUACUCGCAGAGUACCGGUAGAGGACUCGACACUCAGGGAGAUGGCGGAGUAUAUGGAGGCGAAUCGAGAUGAGAUUCUUGACAAGCUGCCUAACAACCGCCAUGUGACGCUGCUCGUGUUCAGGGAGGGCGACCAGCUCAACUUCUUCCGUGUAGUCGAUCGUGGCGAUGGCACGCUAACGCCGCUGUCGGAGACACUCAGUGCGUCUGUCUACAACUUCAACGAUGAGGAUGAUGACGAGGAUUGCCCCGCCAAGGAGAAGACUGAAGAGAACGACAAGAUGAAGGAGAAGAUGACCAAACUCCGCGUCAACAUGGAAAAACUCAGUAUUCACAAGAAGGUUCGCACCACCAGCUUGACCCAGAAGGCACCAAAACCACCGUCACCGGGUCAGGCAAGCUUUUCUUCGAGAGCCAACAGUCGGAUGCGUUUGCGACAGAUUCCCAGUGCAGCGGGCCGACCAUGCAGUCAGACAUUGAACAAAAACAUGUGCUUACCGCCAGUUGGUCGCACCUUCAGUUCUCAGUCUCUGACGGACAAAAACAAUUCGAUAGAAACGGAAACAUUUACACCAAGUGCAGUGGAUGGUGCAAGAAACUGGUCAGAUUCGUCUGACAAAAUAGGGCAGACCUUGCAUGUUCUGAAUGAAGACAGUGCUAUGGGUGAGACUCAGCCUGUGGUUGACUGCUCCCCCCCAGGUAAAGACGUCGACAUCUCUAGUAUAGCCUCAGGGUCUUCUCUCAAGAAAGAUCUAUACAGACUGAGCAGCAUGGCAGAUUCGAACCGGAUGCUCCAAUCUUCUGCGGCUUCCCGCAGGAGGGACUUGAACUUAGAAAGCUUGAAAGAGCCUUUCAGGCCUUCGCUAUCAUCGAAAGAUAGUGCGAAAAAGAAGUCGUCUGAGUGCUCUUCGGAGAGUACGGUGAAAAUGUCUGACCUGCCGUACAAACGAUCGACGUCGUCGGCCAAGAAGGAGAUAUCUCUGGGACUGCGUGAUUCUGUGUUACGGCCGACCACCACAUCGAGAUACCCGGGGAUAGAAAGGCGUAAAGAGUUUGCUCUGGAGAGUCUUAGUACGAGUGAAGCGCGGGCGAUGUCGGGUUUGCUGAAGCAGGCAGCGAUUGAGAAGAUUGGCUCGUCUCACAUUGGUAGCUACGUGGCUAGUGCUAGCAAGACGCGCUUGAACAGCUAUUCCAUGGGAGGAAGCAGCUGUCAGGAUGUGCGUAUCCCCACACCAGAAAAUGGCUUGAUGUCGGCACAUCUGAGUCGCGUGUCCAUGAACCAGGAUACACGACUUGUGUCCCCCACUCACCACCUGCCACCCGUCAAAGCCAAAAAGAAAGCAUCGAAACGGUGCUACGCUUGUGCCAAGAGGACUGGUCUGGCAACAAGUUAUCAGUGCAGGUGUGGGAACAACUUCUGCGCCACUCAUCGCUAUGCAGAGUCGCACAGCUGUACGUUCGACUAUAAAACAGAAGGCCGCAAACUUUUAGAACAGAGUAACCCAGUAGUCAGUGCACCAAAAUUACCCAAAAUUUGACACCACUCUAAUUAGCUUUAUAGUACUUAAAAUACCUUUUAACUUAAUUAGUAUAAUAUACUGCAUUCAAAUCAAAAACAAAUCUGUUUCAUUAAAAAAAGUUUUGUGAAGAAAAAAUAAUAUUGGUUGAAUAUUUAAAAUUAUUUUCAGUUCACUUACUAAUAAAUAUGUUUGCUCAGAGGGUACGUUAUUGCUGCUGAUGUUAUUGUGUGGUUGCCCAUCAACCUACGAAAUAUGAAAGAAUGUCUUUCAGGAACCCAUGCUUGUGAUAAUAAUGUCAAUAUGGUGUAUAUUUUAUUGUUGUUGCAGUGUAAUCUUGUAGAUGGUUGCUUAAAAAUAAUGUCACAUGGCCAUUAUGGCCACAAAUGGUUGUGAAAUGUGUUCACAUAAUAAUGUACGUUUUUGAUGAUAUUUUUUUCUCCGACUAUAUUUGGCAAAUAUGUAUUUAGUUAAGACCAAGAGUGUUUGUAGCAUGGACAAAUGCACAUGACUUCGUUUUCAUCUUUCUGUUUUGUUUUCAUUACAGACAAUAUUCAAAAUGUCUAGACAUCAUAAUAAAAUUUGUUUAUUAGUUUGGAAUACAGGUCAAAGAUCGAAAUUUGAGAAUUAUGAUUAUAAACAUUACUUUAAUGACUUGUAACAAUUUUGCUUAAUAGCUAUUUUGUUUUUUAAAAAAGCCACCUGAGAAAGUGGUGCAUUGAACCUACAUUUUAUUAAUUCUCUUUUCCUCUUUCUAAUCUUUAUUUGCAAUAUAAUUACAAGUAUCUGGGAGGCUCUUGUCUUUAACGUGUUAUUCAUUGAUAACUAGAAGACAUGUUUUAGGCCGUGGAUUUAUAAGCACUGUAAAAGUGUAUUAAGAUCUCCGUUAAGUGCCAUACAGAAUAUGACCAUGUACUGUUGUCCAUGUUACUUUUCACUGUUGAGAUAUUGGUUAUUUCGUUUUUAUAGACACAUACAGUACUUUCUGCUUGCUGUGCACUGUAUUAGAAUAUUGACCGUCUAGUAUCAUGAACAGGAGAGAUCUGCCACACGAUCAGUUAAAUUGGAUGUAUUUUUGGUAUAGACAUUUAUUGAAAUAUUCUUAUUUGGUCUGUCAUGUGCAGUAUGGUGUGACUGCCGUGAGGUCAGUGAUGUCAGAAUACUAUUUGGACAUUUUAUCAUGUGUGUGUGUGUGUGUGUGUGUAUGUAUUGCGUGUCAUUUACUCGAGUGAUAGAGUGCCACAUUAUAGUGAAUUUUAUCGUCGUCUGACAAUGGCUAGAUUUUCACUCCAGGUUUUUGCUAAAUACUUUUCGGCUUUUGGGGACAGAAUAUUGUGAUCAUAGUUUUCAGUCUUGAUUUGCAGUUACGUUUGUGGAAAAUGUUUCAGUUUUACAUUAUGUUAUUGAUUGUAAUUACUGAAGUCAUUUAUUUGCUACCAACCUUUUUUCCUUCUAUUACAUACUAGAGGUUUUCAUAAAACUUCAUAGACUACAAUAAAAUCAUGAAGCAUCGACUUGAGAGCACUAUUUUUUUGUUUAUUAAAUUUAUUCAGGAUGCAGACUUACAUGUACACAUUAAAUUAAUUUUAUAUUCAAUAGUAGCAUUACUGUUUUGCAAAAUACAAAUACCCAUAUUUACCAAGCUACGAACAUGAACCUGCAAAUCAAUGUUCAUAUUAAUCCCAGUGUGCAACCUAACUGUAUGCAUUGUCCACACUGGGGGGUAUUAAUAAUGCAAGGAGAUAGAAACAGCGUCAAUUCAUGAAGCAGUAUGAUGUGAUUUCAUUACGACAGGUUGCAUCCAUGGCCAUGUCCGCUAUCAGGUCAGGUCAUGGGGCUUAAUGUGUACAUUCAGAGCAAGCUGUUGUAGCACACACCUGUCAUGGCCGCAGGUGUCCACUUGCGCCGGCUUCUCCAUCCAGAACGGGAAUGUCCUCUAUCACAUGCAUUCACUUUUAUUGGUCAGUGCCAUCUGUUGAGAAUGUAGCAGUUGUGAUGGAACCAUGGUUGACAGUGCUGAACACUAAAAUCAGCAAGAUCUUCACAGUAUAUGACAUCAAACCAGCAUCGUUGUCCAGCGAUGAGCAUUCUAACGGCUUCAGUUGGUGUCCAGCAGUUGUAGUGUUUUGAUGGAAGGUGGAACACUCACAACAGUAGUUUUUAUACGGUCUGGCUGUCUGAAAUACAUGUGAAAGGAAUCCAUUUCACCAAGUGGUUCUUCCAAGACACAAACUACAUGGGUUGAUGAGAGACCUGCUAGCAAUACAGUGCUUACUACUUAUACACAUAAAUGGAUAACAAGUACAAAUAUCGGUCCAGUGCUGAUUGUAUCUAUCAAUUGGGCAUUGCAUUAUUGAUGCUUCCUAGUAUAUUUUCAUUUAGUAUGCUUGAAAAGCAAUAAUUUGGAACUUAAGUAUUCAGUACAUCAUUUACAAUAUAAUUGACAGUGCUAAAAGUUUAUUUUUUCAUUCAUUGAUCUUGGUCAAAUGUACAUUUUUAUUAUGAGCAUUUUUAGCUAUAUCUGAAUUAGUCUAUGGUUUAGAUAAUCAUCAGGAUAUUCUUGGCUUUCUUAACUGACAGAUCUGUCGCUGUAAACCAUGUAAUUAAAACAUUUAUUACAAUCUCUUCACUUGUUAUAUUAAACCAACAAUUAAAAUGUAUUACACUUGUACACAGUAUGUUCUUGCACUUAAUAUAUUUCAAAAUGGCAUGUUUUUUUUAAACAAUCCAGUAUAAUUAUAGGUUAAUACUUCUAUUGAAUUGGAUUGGUGAAUUUUUAUGAAAUUAAUAAUAUAUAUAUUGGAGACUAAAAUUAUUCUUAUAGUGAACCUAUUACUAGAACUAUUCUUAUUGUAUUUAGUUUUCUUUAUUUUUGAGUGGGAAAAUUGAUGAAUUGUAGUGCAACAUAUUCUUUACAUUAACUAUACAUGCAAGAGAUGCUUUUACUGCGCGUGAUUAAUAUCUUUUUUUCAGAAGGUAAAUAAUUUGUUUUGAUAAAAAAAAAACCUUAUUCCAUCUUACCACUUGUUUUAAUAAUUAAAAAUGAAAUUGCUAAAAAUUCAUUCUAAGUGUUCAGAAAAGAAGAAACAAAAUCUACCUCUAAAAUAUUGCCUGUAUUCACAUUAAGAAGAAAUAAAAUUACAAUUUUAAGUUGUUACAAUCUAUUAUUAUUAUUUUUAAUGUUGCCAUUGUAGACAGAGAGAGGAAUCAGUAGUUGAGUCAGCAGGUGUAUUACUGUAUUAUAUUUUGACAUUUUCUGUCUGACAGCCUUUUAUCACAUUUCAGAGAUUUCUUUGUCGUUAAUUACGAAUAUUGAACCAACAUGCAAGUGCUACUACAUGUGUGAUGCAUGCACUGCUGGAGUAUUCGGGACGGCUGUGUAAGGGGUUAACCACCACCUUUCCAAAGUUGUUCUGUCUUGAAUCAAACAAUGCCUUCAAAAUUACUAAGAUGCAAUAUUUCUCUAAUUCCACAUCACCAGUUUUGGUAAUUUGCAGCCCCGCUAUGUCUUAUGUAGCACUUCGAAUUGUGUGCCUUAGUAUUUACAAUUCAGUUCUAAUUUUUUAUUUUAUUUUAUUUUAUUUAUAUUUUUUGGGUAUAGCCUCAAAUUCUAGUAAUGUAUACUACAGAUGUAAUAUUGACAUACAGAAUUUUUAGAUUCUUUUUACUGAAAAACAUUUGGGCAAUUAAUAUACUGGUUAUGAUUUUAUAUUUACUUUUUAAUGACAUUGGGUAUCAAUUUUUAAAAAAAAGAGGAAAAAAAGGUGUAGUGUAAUGUACUUAUCAAGUACAUACUGACAAAUAUACAGAGAUAGCGGUUUUAAAAAAUAUAUUAUUUGUAUGUUUAUUUAAUAAAAUUUUGUUGUUUAACAAGUAUACAUACAAGAUUAUUUUAAUUCAUACUGCACUCUGUAUUUCAGAUCUUACGUUGAAGUGCUUGUUAUGUUUGUUUUGUUGAUUGAAAUGGUAUAUUCUGUUUGUUUUGUGCAAGAAUGAAAUGCUUUUCUGAUUCAGGAAUGGUCUUUAAUAUACCUCUGUAUUACCACUUAAGUUGAGGACAAGAAGAUAUUAAUCCAAAUACAAUGUUUCUGUAUCUAUUAAAUAUAUUAGUUUUUUGAGGGAUUAGAUUUGCUAAAAAAGAAAAAUAUAGACUUCAUAUUACAGUAUGUUACUGUUGUUAACAUUUUUUGCGUAACUUCCAAAUAACACUGUGAUUGAAUAUUGUGCACUAAUAAAUCUUACAUUUGUCCUAA